GUCUGCAGCCGCUGUUCGUGCCGCUCGCCAGACUGCUCCUCUUGCUGUUCGCUGUAGAGAACUAGUGCUGGUGGUGGUGUCAUCCGGCUCUCCCGAAGCCCUACUCUCAUCAGUAGGGUCCGUCACAGCCUGAGCGCUGUCUGAAUCUCUGCCUCGCCUCUAGUGCGCCAGCUGAACGGCAACAUGAGCUACUCGAACCAGGCUACGUGGCCAACUCUUCCUCGCACAGAGCGCGGCAGGCCCAUCGUCCUGGGAGGUGAUCCCAAAGGGAAGAAUUUCUUAUACACAAAUGGACACUACGUGGUCAUCAGAGACAUUCAGAAUCCUGCGUCGUGCGACAUUUACGCAGAGCAUUCUACCACAACGACGGUCGCGAAAUACUCGCCGAGUGGAUUCUAUAUCUGCUCGGCUGAUAUAUCGGGGAAGAUCAGGAUUUGGGACACGGUCAAUAAGGAGCAUGUGCUGAAGAACGAAUUUCAGCCUUUCAUAGGAAACAUCAAAGAUCUCGCGUGGUCGAACGACAACCAAAGAAUCGUAGUCGUCGGAGAAGGUCGGGAACGUUUCGGCCACGUUAUCAACGCCGAGACCGGCACAUCAGUUGGAGAAAUCGGGGGCCACAGCGGAGUUAUCAACUCCGUCGACUUCAGACCGACUCGACCGAUGCGUAUCCUGACCGGGUCUGAGGACAACAUGGCAAACAUUUAUGAGGGACCACCGUUCAAGUACAAGACUUCGCUCCAAAACCACACAAAAUACGUACAGUCUGUGAGGUACUCGCCCGACGGAAAGCUUUUCGCUACGGGCGGCUUUGAUGGCAAAAUCUUCAUUUACAACGCGGACACGUAUGAACUUAUCGGGGAAUUAGGUCCCCCUGCUCACAAGGGCGGCGUUUACGCUGUAUCGUGGUCUCCUGACGGGAGUCAGCUCCUUUCCGCAUCCGGGGAUAAAAGCUCCAAGAUCUGGGAUGUUGCGACCCGCCAAGCGGUCUCCACGUUCGUCAUGGGCACUGAUGUGCUCGACCAACAGGUUUCCUGUCUGUGGCAGGGCGAGCACCUACUCACCGUGGGCUUAUCCGGAUUUAUCUCGUAUUUAGACAAAAACAAUCCUUCGAAGCCCUUGCGCGUGCUCAAAGGCCAUAACAAACCUAUCACGGCGAUGGCUGUCUCGGAGGACAGGAAGAAAAUAUACACCGGUAGUCACGAUGGUUUCGUGACCAGAUGGAGCGUGCCUUCGGGAGAUCAAGAUCGGGUCAAAGGCCAGUGCCACACGAGUCAGGUGCAAGACAUGUGCACAACUUCCAACUGCGUCUACACCUGCGGAUUCGAUGACACUUUCAGGAAAAUCGAUACCUCCGGCGACGAAUACGCGAUGUGGACCGUCAGCGGUGAGUCACAACCCCGGGGUAUUUCUACCGAUGGCCGACUAGUGGCCGUGGCUGGCCACAAGGACAUCACGAUCAUCGAGGGCAAUUCGAAGAAAAUUGUGCUCCCCAUAAGCUACGAAGCCAGCUGCGUAUCCCUCCAUCCCGAGGGCAGCCACGUAGCUGUCGGAAGUUGCAGCGACAACAAAGUGCACGCCUACGCCGUGACCCCGAGCGAGCUUGACGAGCGCGCAACCAUCGAGCAUCGUGCGGCUAUCACGGACGUCAAGUAUUCUCCCCGAGGAGAUCUGCUUGCCGCCUGCGAUGGGAAUCGUAUGAUACGAUUGUACUCUGUUCAGGACAGCUACGCUCCUGCUCACGACUUCGAUUGGUGCUUCCAUACGGCGAAGGUCAAUUGCCUGUCCUGGUCGCCGAAUUCGUUGUUCCUAGCGUCUGGUAGUCUGGAUACUUCUAUAAUCAUCUGGAGUGUUGAGAAUCCAUCGAAACAUCUUAUUCUGAAGAAAGCUCAUCCCCAGUCUCAGAUCACCAAAAUCGCUUGGAUCGACAACAAUACGGUCGUGUCGACCGGACAAGACAGCAACGUGAAGUUGUGGGACAUCAAGUUCUAAAACUGGAACUGCCAGUGCACGACUGAAUCCUAUGCACCAUUCACAUUUCCGUCUCGCGGCGCACCUUACGCUUCGUGAAGCAACCUCGAUUCUGCGCUUGAGAAUUCGGAGCUUUCCGCGAAUUUCGAGUGAUCAUUCGAGUCUCUCCUCAUCGGCUCUGAGGUAGUCAUCGGCGACCGAUGAUGAUGAGACAGAAUGGCCCCGGGAUUCCAAAUGAUGGAGGGGGAAAGUCGAAUUCGGGCCAAAUGCGAAUCAGAGAACUUGCACGCGACUCACCGAGAAACCAUCGAACCAAAUUCGGGAUUGCCCAGCUUCUCCUUUAUCGUCUGUUCAUAAAGAUGCUUUAUCUUUUUUUUUCUCGCGAAGCUCAACCAACUAUUGUUUAUUGAUGUAAUAAAGUCGGUAUUUAUU